UAGUACAGAAAUGUAACCUGCAAGAAGCAAGAUGAUCUUCUGGAAAUCUUUACUUUUGCUGUACUCUGAAAAUAAUUUGCUGCAGGCAAGAAAUUUUUUGGGUGCUGCUGAAAUUUCGGAGAUCUGGGAAAAUGGGGUAAUAUAAUCACAUGACACCAGCUCUUAAGCAGCAACAUCUGCUGUGGUUCAAAGCCACACAAAGAAAGCUACUUAAGCAGUUGCGUGUUUUGGACUGCACGGACAAGUGUGGUUCAGCUGCAAAGACUGCAGAGUCGAGGAAACUUAGAGCUUAGAGAAGGGACUAAACAAUGGAGUCGUGGAAGAUGAGCCUCUUUAAAAGACAAGCAUCACCUGGUCCUCCAAGCUAUGGAAGAUCUUUGUCAGAACCUGCUUGUGCAAAUUCAGAGAUAGGAACAAGUUUAAAGAAUUAUCCAUGGUGUGGUCCAGUGAAAAGCAAGAGGAAGAAAAACGGACGUGCUGUUUCCAAUCUAGGAAAGCCACUGAGUUCUUAUCGGUGGCAGACACAUCCCAGCUUCAGGUGGAAAGGGGGCAAAAUGGAUAGUAUGCAAGAAGAUAAAGCAGACUUGGAUGAACCACAGCAAAAGGUCCUGCCAGAGAUGGUUGGUAGUAAUGCUGCUGCUUCUGCUACUGAGGUCCUCGGAACAUCAACAGAGAAGCUGAAUCUGGCCAACACCCGGUCACUUCGGGUUCCAUUCACCAGAUCUAUUUCAGAGCCAGAAGCCCGCUGCAGUAUCAGGUUUGUUAGACCAUGGCCGACUUCCGUGAGGUCAGAGCAGCAGGGAUAUCUCAUCCGUGACAUUUUCUCUACUCUUUCCAAUGGCUUCUCCAGGGUGCUGAGUCUAAAAGGAGAAUCAACCAAUGAGACAGUAAGAGAAGAUGUGAAAGGGCCACCUACCCACCGUCUGUCUUGUGGCCAGUCACCCUAUACUGAGACGACAACAUGGGAGCGGAAGUAUUGCAUCCUCACAGACAGCCAGUUGGUGUUGCUCAACAAGGAGAAGGAGAUACCUGUGGAGGGAGGACAGGAGCAGCAGACCGAUUCCACCAAGGGGCGAUGCCUGAGGAGAACUGUCAGCGUCCCUUCCGAGGGUCAGUUUCCUGAGUACCCACCAGAGGGCGCCGCUAAACUGGAGGUGCCGGCAGAAAGAUCCCCCCGCAGGCGGAGUAUCUCAGGGACCAGCACAUCAGAGAAACCCAACUCCAUGGACACUGCAAAUACCUCACCCUUCAAAGUCCCAGGGUUCUUCAGCAAGCGCCUGAAAGGCUCCAUCAAGAGGACCAAAAGCCAGUCAAAGCUUGACAGAAACACGAGCUUUCGGCUUCCAUCCCUGCGCAAUACAGAUGACAGGUCGCGUGGGCUGCCUAAACUGAAGGAGUCCCGUUCCCACGAAUCCUUGCUGAGCCCAUGCAGCGCCGUGGAAUGUUUGGAUCUUGGGAGAGGGGAGCCCGUAUCAGUGAAACCGCUGCACAGUAGCAUCCUUGGGCAGGACUUCUGCUUCGAGGUUACCUAUUUAAGUGGAAGUAAAUGCUUCAGCUGUAACUCUGCUUCAGAGAGGGAUAAGUGGAUGGAAAACCUUCGCAGGACAGUUCAACCAAAUAAGGACAAUUGCCGACGAGCUGAAAAUGUUCUCCGUUUAUGGAUCAUUGAAGCCAAGGACCUCGCCCCUAAAAAGAAAUAUUUCUGUGAACUGUGCCUUGACGAUACUCUCUUUGCUCGUACAACCAGCAAGACCAAAGCAGACAAUAUUUUCUGGGGUGAACAUUUUGAAUUCUACAGCCUUCCACCUCUUCAUAGCAUCACAGUUCACAUUUAUAAAGACGUGGAAAAAAAGAAAAAAAAGGACAAGAAUAAUUAUGUAGGGCUAGUCAACAUCCCCACUGCCAGUGUGACUGGUCGCCAAUUUGUAGAAAAGUGGUAUCCAGUGAGUACACCUACCCCCAACAAAGGAAAGACAGGAGGACCUUCUAUUCGCAUUAAAUCACGUUUCCAAACUAUCACCAUUCUACCUAUGGAGCAGUACAAAGAAUUUGCAGAAUUUGUCACCAGCAACUACACUAUGCUGUGUUCUGUCCUUGAACCAGUGAUUAGUGUGAGAAAUAAAGAGGAGUUGGCUUGUGCCUUGGUGCACAUUCUUCAAAGUACUGGCAGAGCCAAGGAUUUUCUGACCGAUUUGGUGAUGUCUGAGGUGGAUCGAUGUGGAGAGCAUGACGUCUUGAUCUUCAGAGAGAACACCAUUGCCACCAAGUCCAUUGAGGAAUACCUCAAGUUGGUGGGACAACAGUAUCUCCAUGAUGCCUUGGGGGAGUUCAUCAAAGCUUUGUAUGAGUCAGAUGAGAACUGUGAAGUGGAUCCCAGCAAAUGUUCAUCUAGUGAGCUGACAGACCAUCAGAGCAACCUGAAAAUGUGCUGUGAGCUGGCUUUCUGCAAGAUCAUCAACUCUUACUGUGUUUUCCCUCGUGAGUUAAAAGAAGUGUUUGCAUCAUGGAAGCAUCAGUGCCUGAACCGUGGCAAGCAAGACAUUAGCGAGCGGCUCAUCAGUGCCUCACUGUUUCUCCGGUUCCUGUGCCCAGCCAUUAUGUCUCCCAGUCUUUUCAACCUUAUGCAAGAGUAUCCCGAUGACCGCACUUCUCGGACUCUGACUCUCAUUGCCAAGGUCAUUCAGAACCUGGCGAACUUUGCCAAAUUUGGUAACAAAGAAGAAUACAUGGCAUUCAUGAAUGAUUUUUUAGAACAUGAAUGGGGUGGAAUGAAGCGCUUUCUUUUGGAGAUCUCUAAUCCUGACACCAUCUCAAACACCCCAGGCUUUGAUGGUUACAUUGACCUGGGCCGGGAGCUUUCAGUUUUGCAUUCCUUAUUGUGGGAAGUGGUUUCCCAACUUGAUAAGGGUGAAAAUUCCUUCCUACAGGCGACCGUGGCAAAACUGGGCCCUCUCCCUCGUGUUCUUGCUGAUAUUACCAAGUCUCUGACUAAUCCUACGCCAAUACAGCAGCAACUGAGACGCUUCACUGAGCACAACUCCAGUCCCAAUGUCAGUGGAAGCCUCUCCUCUGGGCUGCAGAAAAUAUUUGAAGACCCCACUGACAGUGAUUUGCAUAAGCUAAAGUCUCCAAGCCAGGACAACACAGAGAGCUAUUUCAGAGGGAAAACGUUACUGCUGGUUCAGCAAACCUCCUCCCAGAGUAUGACCUAUUCUGAGAAGGAUGGAAAGGAAGGCAGCCUUCCUAACGGUCGCAGCGUCUCCCUCAUGGACCUCCAGGACACUCACGCUGCUCAAGUGGAACAUGCCUCAGUCAUGCUGGAUGUGCCUCUGCGCUUGACCGGGAGCCAGCUUUCCAUAACCCAGGUGGCCAGCAUCAAACAGCUGCGGGAAACCCAGAGCACCCCGCAGAGUGCUCCCCAAGUGAGAAGGCCCCUGCACCCAGCCUUGAACCAGCCAGGCAGCCUCCAGCCCUUGUCGUUCCAGAACCCCGUCUAUCACCUCAGUAACCCCAUCCCCGCAAUGCCAAAGGCCUCUGUGGAUUCCAGCUUGGAGAACCUAAGCACUGCCAGUUCCAGAAGCCAAAGUAACAGUGAAGACUUCAAACUCAGUGGCCCCAGCAACAGCAGCAUGGAAGAUUUCACCCGACGUAGCACUCAGAGCGAGGACUUUUCCAGGCGGCACACUGUGCCAGACAGACACAUACCUCUUGCUCUGCCGCGGCAAAAUAGCACUGGGCAGGCCCAGAUCCGAAAGAUGGACCAGGCCGGGCUGGGCGCCCGAGCCAAAGCCGCGCCGUCCCUGCCUCACAGCGCUUCCCUGCGGAGCACGGGGAGCAUGUCGGUGGCCUCUGCGGCCCUGGUGGCUGAGCCUGUGCAGAACGGGAGCCGGUCCCGCCAGCAGUCCUCUUCCUCCAGGGAGAGUCCUGUCCCCAAAGUGAGAGCGAUCCAGAGACAGCAGACACAGCAGGUUCAAUCACCUGUGGACUCUGCCACAAUGUCCCCAGUAGAGAGGACAGCAGCCUGGGUUCUGAACAAUGGGCAGUACGAAGAGGAUGUGGAAGAAACUGAGCAAAAUCCAGAUGAAGCCAAGCACGCCGAGAAGUAUGAACAAGAAAUCAGCAAGCUGAAGGAGCGCCUGCGCGUGUCCAGCCGGCGGCUGGAGGAAUAUGAACGCCGGCUGCUGGUGCAGGAGCAGCAGAUGCAAAAGCUGCUGCUGGAGUACAAGGCGCGGCUGGAGGACAGUGAGGAGAGGCUGCGCCGGCAGCAGGAGGAGAAGGACAGCCAGAUGAAAAGCAUCAUCAGCAGGCUAAUGGCUGUGGAAGAGGAAUUGAAGAAGGAUCAUGCUGAGAUGCAAGCAGUUAUUGAUGCGAAGCAGAAAAUAAUUGAUGCACAGGUCAUAAAUGGAGAUGAGAUUAUUCAAACAGGAAAAACGGAUCGUGUCCCUGGAUUUGGCCAACACCAGACUGAUGGGCGCGCUGACGCAGGUGAAGGAACGUUACAGCACGCAGGCCCGCAAUGGCGUCUCUCCCACCAACCCCACCAAGCUGUCCAUCACGGAGAAUGGUGAAUUCAAAAACAGCAGCUGCUGACGGGCUUUGUGACUAGACAGACUGUGGGAGGAGACAGAAGGAAACGUCCCCGCUCUCCUGUCCCCAGCCCUUCAUCCAACCUGGCCAGGUUUACAGGAUGUCGCUGCUUGAGAACAGCAGUGUGGCGGGCAACUCUCGAAUGAAGGAAGGAAUCUUGUCUUUCAGGGCAUGAGGCUAAGACGUCCGAGGUCGAGGCUUCCCCCCAUGUCUCUAUGUACAUAGGGAACUUAGUUCUGGGCCAUGUACAGAAAACACCACUGUAAUAUACCAAAAGGAAGUUAAUAAUGUAGAUUAACUUUUUAAUUAUUGCUAUUUUUAUUAUUGUUUUCCUCUUGUUGAAAGCACUGCAGUUGUUAGAGGAGGAAGGUAGGAACUGUGUGUGAGUGAGAAGUGAGCCCAGGGGUUCAAUAGAUGGAGAUCAAGUGUCUGUCUGUCUGGUAGACGCGCACGGCGUGCAAUAGGCCAUUGUCAGAACGGAUUUUUCAGGGAUUCACCUGCCAGUUAAAACACCCCACUCCAGCCCCCUUUCCCUUUAGGACCACAUGCAAAUACUAAGAUCCAAACAAGAUAUUUGAUCCCAUUGACCAACCAAGACUGGUUCUGGAUGGACAGCUCAUCCGCUUUGGGGUACCCCAUUUCAGAGGACACAGAUAAGAGCUCUUGCAUCACAGCUGGACUUCCGGAGUGAUUUCUAUUGAACUCCUGGCUGUGUUUAUUUCCUUCUGUCUACCGCAGAUGGGAAUUUUCCAUUUUGAAUAGGGGCUUUUUAUUUACCCCAGGUGUAAUAAAGGGUGUUCUUUUUCCUCUUUAGAGUUUACAAAACUAUAAAUAUUUGAGUCUCUACAUACCAUCUUCCCCUUCACAAACCCACUGUCCUUUCUCCCCCGUGAUGGAAACAGCAUCACCAACAGGGUUUACUCUCCCCUGGAGAGAUCAUUCAAAUAUGCUGUUCAUAAAUCUUCCAAAACAAACACCCUUUCUUCUGUACAGAAAAGGGCUAACCAUCCCAUAGCAGAAAUCUCUGAAUAUUUCCUAUUUUAAAAAAAAUUUCUAUUUGUAAGUUACAAUUUUUAUUUGGGAUCAAGAUUUUAUUCAUUGAACUAGCAUAUCUCUGGGCAGGGUACUUUUAUCUCAAUCUUUAACUUUUAAAUAGCUUCUUUCUCUAAUCUUCUAAGUAAAAUUUGGAAAGGAAACUCAAAUCCGAAGCAUCACUCUCUUAAAAGUGAUGAAUACUCUUGUGAGAAAAAGAAAACGAAAAGUAUGGAGAUAGCACAUUCCAGUUGUUAUUCCCAGGCUCUUAGUAGAUUUGUCAUCUUUGGCUUGACUGUAGGACAGAAAAAGUCAUGGAGCUAAUUUAUUUUCUUUUUUCCAAAGAUGUGAACUGUCAUCUUGAAUGCAAACUCAGUUAUCAGAAGUAUGGACUGUUACAUUUUAGACAUUAUAUAUACAAAUAUAUAUAAUACCUAUUCACACACGUGUACAUACAACUGCACAAAUAGGAAACGUUCAUGCCUUCUGUGCUGUCAGAUACAACAUUCAAAGGGUUUCGGAUCUCUUGAAGCAAGAUCUAGGCAGUUGUUUAUAUUGAAAAAAAAACAUUUCUCAAGUACGUUAAUGAUGUUUAUUUUAAAUUGAAAACUUUAAGGAAAUUUUGAAAAAGGAGAGGGGUGUUUCUACAUAAUGAUAUUUGGAAGGGAACAAGAGAACAUGUGUCUGUGUGUCCUCUUUUGAGUGAAGCCCAGACAGUGACACCAACCAUCCCUUUCCACCGAACCCCAGCGUGCAUUCUGCCUUCUCUCAGGUGGGACCUUGCGUCUUAGCAACAUCACCAUGGCCUCCCAACCCACGACCUUUUAAAACAUUUGCCUUCAUAACACUCCCCGUGUCUGCCACUCAGACAUGAAAUAGGGGCUGACAAUUAUGCUGAUGUGAUCUGCAGACUUCUUGGCCACAUGUUCGGGCACUUGUGUGUUUUCUUGACCCUUGGUAGUUAUUUUACAAAUUCUUAUCUCUGCCUCCAAGCUGAGGGCACACUUUGGUCAAAAUCACUUAUUUUAAAAGGAAAAAAAACCCAUUACCAAUGCUGAAGUACUGCCCGUUGUUGACAAGGGAAAUGUAAACAUAGCUCUGUUCCUGUUUGUGGCUAGUCUCAGCUCUAGCCAGGUCUAAUUCAUUCUUUGUAAAGCCUUGAAUUGUGCCACAGACAACCUGGUAAAAGAAUUGUCAGUUUCAGCGGCCUUGAGUAUGUAAUGUGGCUGAAGUCUUGCACUGACGUUUGGAAGCUCUCACGUGUUGGCUAUGGAUUACAGAGGGCUGAUAAACUUACCUGCCUGUGGGGGAGACACAAAACAUCCAAUGUGUUUUUGACGGAUGCAAUAUAUCCUGUUGGCAUGUGGGCUCCUUAGAGCUGCCUACCUUGGAAGAUUAAAUGCCCCAAAUGUUUACAUAGAUUAUGCAGCCCUCUGUUAUCAAGUAACCUUGAAUGAAGAGAGUGAAAAAUAAUAAUAAUAAUGAAGUUAGAAAUAAGCUAGAAGUUCAGAGUUGUUGCGAGAUGUUACAUUUUAGAUUAUCCUUUGAGCCUAUUUCCAUCCAAAUAGUUUUCUGAGGUUGGUUUGUUUAAGUAUGGAAGAAGGCAGCAACAGGCGAUCAUUUUUAUGGAGGUGUUGCUUAAUUGGCUUUUCUUCAGUCCAACUAGGUACAAACCUCUGUUCUGCUGGGAGGAGGGACGUGGUUGGAGAAGCGGGUGAAUACAGGUGGCUGUGUCUUAUACCUCCUCCACCCAACACAUCACCACACUGUGGGGCUCAGCACAGACCUGGGUUGAGUGGACUUGGGAAUUCAGGGCAAGCGCUUGCUAAGGUGCUUGUCUACCUGACAACCGGACUUGCCAUCAAUAAGGACGGUGUUGGUAGGAUUUAGGAAAAGGGCUUCCUAGUCCCUUUGAUGUCACUGGUACACUGAGCUGUCUGGGCUGAAACAGCAAAAAGAGUUACGUUUCCAUUGGGUCCUCAUAUUCCCUGACUCUGUGCAGUACAAGCCCUGAGAGAGGGGAGGUUACAACCAGGUAGCUGUAACACACACCUGAGCACGUGCUGUGUUCCAGGCUCUCUCAUCCAGGGCAGUCUGUGGAUAAGGAAAAUGUGAUGAGAUGAGGUGAUCGUGCUGCAAGAGCUUUUUGCUUUUUCACUUGGCAUCAGGUUGAUCAGAAUUAGCUUUCUCUGGUCCACUGCCGCCUUUCCCUGCAAUGGCAUUGGACAGUGUAAGAAAAAGUAGGAUUUUCUGUCUAUGCUGCUGUAUGCCCUUGAGAAUUAGCUUGACUUUAGAAGUAAAGCUUUUCACUGUGGCCUUUGUUCACGGGUCUGUAGGUCUGUCGACCCCUGACUCUCACACUGCCCUCAGAGGAUUGGGAGCAGUUCUUUUCUGGAAGUCCCAGAGCAAGACAAUUGCCAUCAAGUGAGUUUGCAGUAGUGUUUCUUUUGUCUUCCACGUACGUUUAGUUCUAGUUAUCUCCAGUAUGGAGUUCCUGAGAAGACUGGUUGUGGGACUGAACUUGGGGGAGGAACCCUCUUCAGGAUUACGUAAGUCCCAUGUGACCCCGAACCCCAGGCUUGACACCAGACUAGACUUGUCACUGGGCCUCACUCAGCAGCUCCUGAGCCCAUGCCACAGCUUUACAGCAUUUUUCAGCCACGUCUUUGGAGGCCAACUUCUCCUACCGACUGGAAAAUUAAAAGGGCUUUCUUCUUCCUUCCCAUUCUCUUUUUAAGUCUAGUGGUGAAAUCUCCCGCUUGCCCCAGCAGUACAUAGUCGUCUUCCCACCCCUAGCUGGGGGCCAAGAAUUUGGGAUACUUUGUUUUUAUCAAUACUUCCAUUGAAAAGACCUAUUCAUAUUUGACUCGUUUUUUAAAAUCAAGAUGUAUUGGCGUGUUGAAUUUUUAAAUACAAUCUCUUUUCGUGUUUGAGUGAUUAUUAGUUCUAGAAACAUUCUCUUGUCACCACCUAGUUACAAAGCUCUUGAGUUUAGGAAAGACAAAAGUGAUGAAAUUUGCAUGAGAUAGAAUAAAUAUCUUAUGAGGAGUGAAAGAACCUGAGGAAGAUAACAUGAGCCAAAGGGGGACACUGCACAGCAGACUUCUCAGCAGCCCAAAAGUUCAAGGAAAUGGGGAUUUAUAGCCUGGGCCUGCUCUUAAGAGUACAUAGGUAUAUGGAAAGGCAGUUCUCUCCGUAACACGUGCACCCUCACACAAAACACACAACUCCUAGGGCUUCCUUUUUCUGAAUGUCAAUCCAUCUUAUAGAGCAGUGAUCCCCAAACUUUCUUGGGUUUUUAGAUUUGUAGCUCUCAUUUGUUAAGAUUUUAUGACAGUGGUUCUCUUUUCUUUAAAAUGUACCAUAUGUGUUAUAUGUAAAUAUAUAUAAGUUAAAGUAACUUGAAAUUGAUUUGGUUUGAUGUUAGCUCAAGAACUCUAGAUAUCAUUAUUGAUACCUUGGGGACUCAUAGAAAGAAAGGUGAAUCUCACUGAUCUGACAGGAGGAUCCAGAAAGACGUAGUUUUGGUUCCUGAUCAGUUAAUCCUCAGGUGACUGAGUAACCAGCCCGGCAGGACUCGGCAAAUGUGGCCCGCUGCCCAAGGAAAGCAAAAUGGUGGUUUUUGCCCAAAUUUCAGCAUGCAUUUUCAUUUCCUACUCAGUUCUUAUUUUUUUAUUCAAAUGCCCUCGUUUUUCCCUAGGAAAUUGUUUAGUUUGGGACUUACAGACUUAUCUGUUGUUGUAGAGAGAUUUCCACAAAAGCUGUGUUUUAGGGGUCUCUAUCAUCUGUGUGGGGUUACAAAUAUCUAUGUAUAAAUAUCAUAUUUAUGUCAUUUCUAAACUCCCAAGGGAAAAUUUCAAUUCCCAGUUCACCAAAAGGUUAAAUACUAAUUGAUUCAAUGACCACUAACCUGUACGAAAGUUGAACUAAACAGUAAAGGUCAACUUUUGACUGGUGCUUCGGUAUUUCUAGUUAUAUUACAGGUAACUCAAGCAGACAGCAGAACACUCACCUGAAUCACACCUGUGAGGACUUGACCUUCUAAAUUCGCGUUUGUGUUUCAUCUCCAGGGCCUUAAUAAACGGGUGUUAACACACAUGACUAUGUUACAAGGGAAGCUCUAAAUAAUUUAUUUUUGAUUUCAAGAAAGAGAAAAAUACACCUUAGAAAAACAAAACCCAAGAUUUUAUUUUAUUUUUAAAGCCAUAUUUUUGUGCUGGUAGCACUUAGAUUGUUCCAUAUGUGAGAUCCAUAUCUGCAUUUCAUUACCUGGGUUUGUUCUAAAGAAGAUUUAUUUUUGUUCUGUGAAUAAUUUUUGAUGGUUCUUGUACAUGUACAGAUAUAGAUAAUGUUUGAGGUCUUUUAUCGAUAAUCC